UACACCAUGACUCUCUUGACCAUGAUCUCGUUGGCUCUCUUGAGCAUCUCGACUGCCCAAGCAGCUCCCCUCUCCCGUCUCGAAAAACGCAUCGCCCAAGUCAUCCCCGAAGCCACUGCCAAAUGGGAACAAGCCUGUCUCGCUGCGGGUGGCGGUCAACAAUGCAACCCCCAAUCCGUCGCCGCAUUCUCGACGCUCCUCGCCGCUCCAGGUCCUUGUGAACAACAAGACCAAGCGGACAAGAUGAUCGAUCUCGCCAAACAAUUGAAUAACAAUGCAGAGAUGAUCAGCCAGUCGGUGUUGUAUUGCCAAUCGGCUCCGCGCAACCAAGAGCUCUCCGGGCUCUUCCAGUGCCAGUUCCAAGGCGUCAACGACAACAUCUUUACGGGUGGCGUGCCCGCUGGGUCGCCCGGUACCAUUCCAUUCGGUCGUUCCUCUGCACCUUCGCCACCAGGCUCGUGCCCUGCUAAUCCUGGGGGCAAGAUUCCCGAUGGACAACAGUUGAACAAUAUCGUCAACAACCCGGGAAGUGGUAACACUGGAGGAAACAACAACAAUAACGGCAAUAAUGGCAACAACAACAAUAAUGGAAAUAAUGGAAAUAAUGGAAAUGGAAAUAACGGAAAUGGACAACAAGCUCCCGCUCCUACUACCACCGCUGCUGCUCCCGCCAACACCCCUCCCGCCAACAACAACAAUGGCAACACGGGAACGACCCCAUCAACGGGUACAGGCUUCCAACUCUCCAACGCUCAAGCCGCCCAACAACUCAACGUCAAAUUCCAAUCUCUCGCUGUAGGCGGUGCAUGCACCGUCGGUGAGGUCGCCUGUAUCGGGGACGCAUUCGCUCAAUGCCCAUUCGGCACGUUCAUCACCACCCCUUGUGCGGGUGGCCUCAAGUGCCGUGCGCUCCCACUCGUUAAUAGUGUGGGGACGAGUGUGACGUGCACUACGGAUGAUGAUGCCGCGAGGAGGUUUGCGGCUGCUGGUGCCUCUGGUGGAUUCGACGGUCGUCAAUAA